AUUCCACUUUCAUCUACAAAACAUCUACAUAUAUCUAAGUACCAAAUUGUACAGCAUUCGCACUUCUCUUCGUUCUAAAGCUCAGCUAGAUUCACACAAUAAGUUGUCAAAUACAAUCAGAACAAACAACAUGAAAAGACCUCCGAAACGUGCAUACGUUCUUCUUGUGCCGACGCUUUGUGAGCAUUGUGGAGCAAAACUAUUUAAAGAUGAGUUAAUUAACCUAUGUUCAACUAAGGGGAGAUUCGAGUUGCUCCUAACUAUAUGCCAGACAUUUUGCGUAACCUAUUUCUGUCGUUGGAUAGCAGUUUCGAAAGUUUUCGUAAAUGUAUUAUUCUGUACAACAAUAUGUUUGCGUUUACAUCUUUGGGUGUGAAGAAGGAUAAAGAAUUAGCGCAAAGACAUCAUGGCAUUUACACAUUUAGAGUUCAAGGGCAAGUUUAUCAUUACAUAAAUGAUAUACAUCGAAAUGAUGAGCAACCACGAUAUCUGCAGCUAUAUUUCUAUGACACUGAUGUUGAGUACCGACAUCGUGUAUCAAUUUUUAAGAAUCUUGAUCCACGUGUUAUCGGCCAAUUAGUGCGAUUAAUGGAGCUAAAUCCGUAUGCUCAAUUUUUCUGGUCACUUAAAGACGUUAAUAUAGUUGAUACAAGUCACAUUAUAAUCCGAUCUGACCCAGAUCAAGAUCAACGUACUCACAAUGCACCUACUUCUUCUCAAGUGGCGGCAAUCUGGUUGGAAGAUGCAGGCACAUCUGGUCCAUUGCAGGGCGAUAUUGUAGUUCGCGCAUAUUCAAGUGUAAACCAUUGUAUACUGCAUUACUAUGGAUGUUAUGAUCCAUCACAGUAUCCGAUUUUAUUUCCUUAAGGCCAAACUGGUUGGCAUAGACGGAUAUACAGAUUUAAAACAAAGCAUCAUAAAAGACAGGAAUGCCAUAUGUUUCCGAUUAAUGAAGUUCUUGUCCAAACUGUUGACGAUCUUUUAGAAGCUGAAGAACAAGGUUUGCCUAUUAAAUAAUUUAUCAGGAAAAAAUU